ACAUUAAAAUGAUGGAAAGGACGAUCUUUCUACUGAGUUUAUUGACUAUUGGAUGUGCCCAAGAUGGAGACCAGUGCACAGAUCGCAGAUGUCUGGCUCAAAUGUUAAUUAAAAAAGAAUAUUUAUCUCCACCUCAGUCUGAGAACUGCACUUUACUCAUUGAGAUUCCUUUGAUUAAGUAUGAAACAUUGAACGUUCAAAUGGUGGAACUCCAUUUGUUGAGUCGACUGAAGGCUGACAUUCAAUGGAUGGAUCCACAGUUGGCCUGGAACACAUCGUUACAUCCGUUUGAAAAAAUAAUUUUGCCUGUAAAUAAAAUCUGGACUCCAGAUAUCUCUGUAGAAAAUGGAAAAAGCUCCAUGGAGCAAGACUCCAAUGAUCUGCUGGUGUACAGUAAUGGUACAGUAUCGCACAAGGUGGUCGUGAUGGCGGAGGUGAACUGUGGAAUCAACCUGUUCAACUAUCCCUUCGCUUACGACGUAUGCCCCAUUGGACUCAAAUCCACCCCUCCAGGCGAAUGUGGGAUAGUCAUCGACGUCGGUCAAGUGCAGUUGGCAGAGACCUCCCACGGAGACUGGGAAACAGAAGCGGUGAUGCUUAAGAAGAAGCGAGAAGACCGCAAUUAUAUUGACGUGUAUCUAAGGAUCAAAUAUAGCAAUCCCUUCAUCACAUUACUCCUGCCCACUUUACUGAUCAUGUUGGCUGAUAUAUUCAGCGGUGCUCUGCCACUGCGAAGUGGUGAACGCAACUCGUUCAAGGUUACUUUGGUGCUGAGCUUCACCAUGUACCUGAACAUCCUCACCAACGUGCUCCCUGGAGACAGCAAGUGCAGCCCAGUUAUCCGGAUCCAUUUCUGCAUUUGCCAAGUCCUGAUGGUGAUAAGCAUGCUGGUGUCAAUAGUGUUGACAAGGGUGGCUGAAGAUGGGUUUGACUUUUUUGCCUGCUUCUGCAAAACGUCUGCUAAUAAAAAUGCCAGAGACAACGAAGAAAACGAGGAUGCAGAGGCCAAAGGUGACAUCAGCGUCAUACAGCGUGAUGCCUCCGAGGACUCCCAAAGUCUCCAGAAGAUCGUCAGAGUCCUGGAGGCUUAUAACACCAAACAGGCAGAAAGUGAACGCUAUCAGAAGCUUGCAGAUAAACUGGAUAAAAUCUUUUUCUGGGGGUAUUUCAUUGUUAGCGUGGUAUACGUUUCUGCCAUGACCUUAGUUAUGGUAGAGUAUCAAUGCGAAAUUGACCAUUUUACUUUUUGGGACUAAUGUAGCAGGCAUAUAAUCCCUAAUCGUCUUUGAUAACUUAUUUAAUAAAAUAUAGAAUUAGAUCCUUAUAAUAGGAUUCUGAGAUAAAAUAUAUAGUGUCUUAUACCAUAUUACUUGUCAUGAGUUACACAUUUCCUACUAUUUAAUCAGGCUAUUU